AGCGCGAGGAGUGAUGCGCGUGACGGGCGAGGGCUCGUAACGGACUCGGAUCGACCGUUGCAGUUUAAAACAGAAUCGGCUAAGAUUAUUUCCUCACAUACGGUGGAGCUCGUCCACAGUUUUCACGACACUUGAAGAAGUCUGGAGUUAAUGGAUGACUGACCGCUCCUCCAGAAGACCUGGACUACCGUUUCUGACCAUUACCUUCACUUUUGUUAUUGGAACAACUCCCCACAGGGUUGUGGAUUACUGAAGCAAGUUCGUUUAUUUUCGUGCUGGAGCACAGUGCAGAAUGAGAACUCCUCUGCUGUUAUUGCUGUGGCUGUAUUUCUGGUGCGAAGCCAGAGGCACUCUGAGGACUACAGGAGGUCUGAGGAGAACAGGCUGGGAGCACACGGGAAUGGCUGGAGACGGGCUUUCACUCAGACGCUCCAAACGAGGCUGGAUGUGGAACCAGUUCUUUCUGCUCGAGGAGUACACAGGAACUGACGAUCAGUACGUAGGAAAGCUGCACUCCGAUAAGGACAGAGAAGACGGCACUGUAAGAUACGUUCUCAGCGGAGAGGGGGCGGGCACCGUUUUCGUAAUCGACGAAAACUCAGGUGACCUCCACGCCACCCGGAGGCUGGACCGCGAAGAGAAAGCCUCCUACACACUCAGCGCCAAAGCUGUGGACAAGCUAACGGGCCGAGAUCUGGAGGGGCCAUCGCAGUUUACCAUCAAAAUCCAUGACAUCAAUGACAACGAACCAAAAUUCACCAAAGACCCCUACAUAGCCUCUGUGCAAGAGAUGGCUGACGUAGGUACAUUUGUCGUGCAGGUGACGGCCACAGAUGCUGAUGAUGCUACGUACGGUAACAGCGCUAAAGUGGUGUACAGCAUUCUGCAGGGACAGCCAUACUUCUCUGUAGAACCAGAGACAGGCAUCAUCCGGACAGCCCUGCCCAAUAUGAACCGCGAGGUCCGUGAACACUAUCAGGUGGUGAUUCAGGCCAAGGACAUGGCAGGACAGAUGGGGGGCCUCUCAGGGACCACCACAGUUAACAUCACUCUGCUGGACAUCAACAAUAAUCCACCGCGCUUCCCUCAGGGUGUUUAUCAGUUCACCGUUCCUGAGUCAUUAGAGCCGGGCAGGGCAGUCGGCACACUGAAAGCUACAGAUGCGGACACGGGCAAAAACGCAGAGAUGGAGUACACCAUCAUGGAUGACCAGGAUAUGUUCCAAAUCUCCACCAAAGGCAUCACUCAGGAGGGAGUCAUCACUCUGACAAAGCCUCUGGACUACGAGAAAAGGAAAACAUACACUUUGAGGGUUCAGGUGGAGAACGUUUAUCUGGAUCCACGCUUUCACUCACGCGAGUCCUUCAGAGACACAGCCACGGUGAAGGUUUUGGUGGAGGACGUAGACGAGCCGCCUGUCUUCAAACGACCUGCCUACAUCAUGGAGGUCAAAGAGGACGCUGAGAUUGGAACCAUCAUCGGAUCUGUCAGCGCUGUGGACCCUGACGCUAGCCGAAACAUUGUCAAAUAUCUAAUAGACUGGCGCACAGAUAUGGACCAUGUGUUCAACAUCCAUCCAAACAAUGGAUCAGUGUACAUCUCUCGUCCACUGGACAGGGAAGAGCAAGCGUGGCACAACAUUUCCGUACAGGCUACUGAGAACAACAGCCUGAUGAGUCACGUGCCAGUCUACGUCAGGGUGCUGGAUGUAAACGACAACGCUCCAACCUUCGACAACGUGGAUGAGGCGUUUGUUUGUGAAAAUGCCAAAGCUGGCCAGAGGAUCCAAACAGUCAGUGCCUCAGAUGCUGACCAGCCGGUUGGAGGUCACAGGUUCUUCUUCAGUUUGGCACCAGAAGCUUCCGUCAAUGCCAACUUCACUGUCAGAGACAACAAAGAUAACACGGCCAGUGUCGUGACAGUGCGUAGCGGUUACAGUCGGCUGCAGAAGAGCGUGUACCUGGUGCCUGUGGUGAUCGCUGAUGGAGAUUUCCCCGUGCAGAGCAGCACCAACACACUGACAGUGCGAGUGUGUUCGUGUGACCGCGACGGGAACAUGAAGCAGUGUAACUCUGAGGCCUUCACACUUGCUGCUGGGCUGAGCACAGGAGCACUCGUGGCCAUCCUGCUGUGUGUCAUUAUACUGCUGAUGAUUGUGGUGCUGUUUACGGCUCUGAGAAGCCAGAGAGAGAAGAUGGAGCCGCUGAUCAUUUCCAAAGAAGAUGUGAGGGAUAACGUGGUGAGCUAUAAUGACGAAGGCGGAGGAGAGGAGGACACCCAAGCCUUUGACAUCGGAACCCUGCGUAAUCCUGAAGUGAUCGAAGAUACCAAACACAGGCGGGAUAUCAUCCCAGACAGCCUGUACCCAUCCACACGGAGGCUGGCAGCCACAGCGGCCCGGGACAACACGGAUGUCCAGGACUUCAUCGCCCAGAGGCUUCAGGAGAACGACUUGGACCCAACAGCGCCCCCUUACGACUCUCUGGCCACUUACGCUUACGAGGGCAGCGGCUCAGUGGCCGAAAGCCUGAGCUCGCUGGAGUCGGCCAGCAGCGAAGGCCUACAGGACUAUAACUACCUGAGCGAAUGGGGGCCCAGGUUUAAAAAACUUGCAGACAUGUAUGGAGGGGAGGAGAGUGAAGAUUCAUAGCCAUGCAAUAGGGCUGCACGAUAUGAACAGAAUAGUAGCAUUUCGAUUAUAUUGCGAUUGCGAUACGCCAUGCAAUAAAUUAAAAAUGUAUCAGUGAAUCAAUAAUGUGACAUUAUUUUGACCAAAAUCAUUUACUUUUGUUGAAAUACAUGAAUACUUUCAAAACACCUACAGAAACUGAUCUGGAACUGUGAUUGGUCAGGAUGCUCCCAGCUACAAUAACAAGCAUUGCGAUUGGUUAGGGGACUCAUUUAAAAAUUGCAGCGAUAUUGCAAAGGCCAGUAUCGUGAUAAUGGUAAAGAAACAAUAUAUUGUGCAGCCCUACCAAACAGCUUAAAGCAGGGAAACCAAUACUGAGUUAUAAUGGACUCAAUGGAUUCGCACAAGCUGUUCAUCAGUGGUGGACAUCCAUAACCAAGAGAGCCAAACGGAUAAAGUGACCUCUACCCCUUGUGCGGUAUUUAACAAAGUAGAUACCAAGGCAAGCAGUGAUAAUGCUUUCUUUCUCCCAAAGUGCCCUUUUACAGGACUGAACUUUUGAUGUCUUAUCAAACGUGACCUACUUUGAACGUUUGGAGAACAUUCUGGUUUUGGUGACUCGACCUCAACGUAACUAGAAAAGUAUCUGUUGACUCUACCACCUGCUGACCAUUUGAAGCUUUGCUGACUUUGUGUAUUAGUUUCUUCUGCAAAGCAGAGGGAAGAAAAAAAAGUAGUGGGCUUUACAAAUACCAUAACAUCAUACAUUAUGCAUAUUUGAAAAUUCACAAACUAUGUCUGUGUACACAAGUCAGUGCUUCUGGGUUUUUAGCUGUGUAGCCGUAACUCUUCCGCAGUACCGCUGUACAAACGCAUUGUCACACUCCUUUGGUGGAAGAAACCAUGUUGUUGGUUGAGACAGUUGAGUAUGAUUCAUGUUAAAAAGAUGAUUGGUUCCUGUUUUAUUUGCAUUAGUUAGACAAUGGACUGGUGUAAACUGUUGUUGUAGUAUAAUGGUCUGGCAUUUUGUAGCUAGCACUCAUGACAAGGUGCUGGAUUGUGGGAUAAGUGUAAUAAGGUGCUUUCUUUCAUUCCAGAAGCCUCAUUGGUGUUUCCAAGUGUAAAAAAGCAAGUCUCAGUUAAGGCGGCAAGGCCAAGAUCCAACAGGUCCAGCAAAUCUUUAAUAGGUAUGUAAACGCAGCAUUUUAGCUCCAAAAAAAGAAAAAAGCCAUGCAAUCUGAGAUUUGCACCACAAAAAGACAUUUGAAAGAAAAGCCCAGGCCCCAGGUUGUCAUCUUGGUGACUUUUAAGGUUAAGUAACUCAUUAGGGGGGCUCGGUUCACUCUGGGCAGUACCGGUAUUUUAAUGUUUUGUGCAGUUAAAACAAAACUGAAAACUGCUUAAUUCUGUUCUGUAUGUCGGCCUAAUAUUAUAGAAGUUUUGCUAGAUGGAUUUGUAUUAAUAAACAUGUUCACUCAGGCUCACAGUUAUGAUGUUACUCCGAAAUUUAGCUCUCAGUUACCCCACAGUUAUUUUCCAGAAGUUGUGAUAAUCAGAGUAAGUCAAAAUGCAGCAUUGCAAGUCCAAAGAAUUAGCAGUUUCCCUCCUUUUAAAACAAAUAGACAUGAUAGCUGCCUAAAUGAUUUCUCAAACCAUGAGAUCAUAAACAGAAAAGCACAGAAUGCAUUUACGACAAAAUUUCAGUAUUAAGAUAAUUAUAUACAUAACAAACUAGUUCAAAUUCUUGUUAAAUUGCGGAUUAUAUGCAACAAAAAGACAAUGUUAUUAACCAGGACAGAUUUCAAGUUGUUUCUGUUCUGGAACAGUUAAGAAAGAUUAUGUUUUCGGUUUCAUUUUUGUUCCUGAAACUGGUUUAAAGCCCUGCUGACCAGUAGGCCAUAUUAAUUCUGAUGUAAGCCAGUUCAAUUUCAGCUUUUAUGGAUGAAGUAUUAUUAAUACCUACAUUGUCAUCUCUGACAAAUGCUAAUUUUUCUAAUCACCACUGUAGACCAAAAUGUGUUUUGCCACUUUUCAUCGCACUUUUACAGUUCACAAAUUUUUAAUUCUUGCAGUUGUGUUCCUCAAACCAAAGGGCCUUUCGCCCACUGUCUGUUAAACCUAAACUUAGGUAUCUGCAUUAUUUCUCACCUACAUUUCCCUUAUCUAUAUUCCAAAACUGAUAUAAAGCUGUAUUACAGUAAACAUACAGUUGUAUCCAAAAGUUUGGGCACCCCAGUCUAAACACACUUCUGCAA